AUGAUCUAUCAGAUCAUUCACUCCGUUUUAUCCACCGUUGGUGUUUCGUUGAACGCUUUCAUGAUGUAUCUUGCACUGACAAAAUCCCCGAAGAUCAUGCGUCCAUGCUCGGCAAUCAUAACGAUCAAGACAGGAACGGACAUCCUGGCGUCGAUAAUGAGCUUCUUUGUGAUGCAGAGAGUCAUCACCGACGGCUCUUCAAUCAUCGUCAUCCCAACCGGACCAUGCACCAACUUCGGAAAAACCGCUUGCUAUGUGGGACACAUGCUCAUGCUUUGCUUCUUGGAAUACAACCUCAUCUGGAUGAUUUCCUCUUACAUCUUCCGCUACUAUAUCCUCUACGUUCGUGACCCACCAAUAAAACACCUGGUGUUUGUUGCAUUUUGCCUUUCAAUUCCAUCCAUGGUUCAUAUGGCUGCUUGGUUCAGUUUCUACGAUUCAAACGAGACAACUGAAGAUUUGUCAUCGUAUGGAAUUGGAUCAGGUGAAAUGGCUCUUGGUGGGGAAGUCGUUUACUGGUCUGCAAUCACUCUCAUCACUCAACUAUUCAUCACUGCAUUCUUGGUCGUCGUGGCUUACAUUUGGAUCCGCGAGACGCUCUGCAGCUUCGCGGUCAAGAUGGGUUCUGUCAAAAAGGAUGUGAAAAACUUGAACAAAAGACUUGUCAAGGUUAUCAACUUUCAAGUGUUCCUCCCGUCAUUCAUCUUUCUCGGAGUGAUCACUUUUGCAUCCAUGUUUACCAGCAAAAUCAGCUAUGAGUAUGCCCAAUACGCCAUCUCCGUGAUCUUCAUGUUCUCCCCAAUUUGUUCCCCAUUCUCGUACAUUCUCUUUGUCCCCCACUACCGCAACGUCAUCAUUGGAAAGAAGAAGCAACCGAAGCCUCAUCCAGAAAUGUGCGGCCCCAUUAGAAGUAACACCAGAACUACCAGCAUCUCUGUGACAAAUAAUUCAAGUCAUCUCUCUUCCGCACAUUAA